UUUCUGUGCUCCCGGGUUCAGUAGUAGCCGAGUUGUGAGUAUCGGAUGUCGGGCCGGGCCGCACGUGUGCAGCUCGCAAGCGCACCCGCUCGAGCUCAGCUGACAUCAUAAUUGACAAAUUACAUAUUCCCAAAAAAUAAACAUUUAAUAUUAAUUGAACUUUUAGACACCCGUGUGCAGUGAAAGUGUUAAAAACUGAAGUGAACUGUCAUUGAACAUUCAAAUGUUUCGAGUAGAGAUUUUAAUAAAAUAGGCCUUGCUAUGACGAUGCUUGCGAUGGCGCGAGGAUCGGAGGAGCGUCGGGACAAGGCCGAGGACGAGGCGGAAGGGGAGACUGAGGCCAACGGGGAGGUGGACGUGGUGGGGGUUGAAGAGGCCGCGCCGGUGGACCUGACGCGGCGGCUGGGGCUCACCAGGCCCCCCGACAGGCCGGCCAUCGCCUUCUCCGUGGAGAACAUCCUGGACCCCACGAAGUUUACGGGACGGUCGGAGGUACCGCUGCGGUAUGAUGAGCAGUAUUGGAGGCCACAUUACGACCGGGAUGAUAGUGAUUCCGUAAAAGACCACCUCCAACACUCAGACAUAGAAGCAGACGAAGUGGAAACAGAUGACCAGACCUCAAACCUUGACGAUGACAUCUUAACACAAUCAGAUUUGGACGAAAACGGGGACCCCAAGAGCCCCACCAGUUCUAGCUCCAAGAAAGGCAAAGGAGGGUCUUCUAGAGACUCUAAGGGGGGCACAAAGCCCAGGAGAGCUAGGACGGCGUUCACGUAUGAGCAGCUGGUCUCCUUGGAGAAUAAGUUUAAGACCACGAGAUAUUUGUCCGUGUGUGAGAGGCUUAAUCUAGCGCUGAGCUUGAGUUUGACGGAGACACAGGUCAAAAUCUGGUUUCAAAAUCGCCGCACGAAGUGGAAAAAACAGAAUCCAGGCAUGGACGUGAACAGUCCGACGGUCCCACCACCUUCUGCCGGCGGCUUCCCAUCAGGGCCUUACCCUGGGGGCCUGCUGUACUCCCACGGGGUUCCAUACCCCUUCUCAGGACCUGGUCCUUACGCUCCCUACUUCCACCACUUGGCAGCGAAUCACCACCACUCGCAUGGCAGCCUGGGACAUUCUCACACGUGAUUAUGGCCGCGACCGGGGUCACAGGAUCCUAGGGUCGACAAGGAAAAUGAAACGAGUUGAAUGGAAAAUG